ACAUUAACUUUUACUUUCAAACAUUUUAAUCUUUUCAUUAUGAAUUUUAAACUAAAUUUCUGCAAUUUAUUUGAUAAAUUUUGUGAUAUAUAUUUUUGAUAAAUUUUGAAUUAUAAAACUUAUUUGAGUAUAAACGAAUAUAAUUUUAUAUUUAUGAAAAUAUAAAUAAAAUCUAUUAAUUUAAUUGAUUUCAUAUUAAAUGAAAUUAUUUUGUAGUAUCUAAACCCCAAAAAUUUAUACUUAUUUUUUAUUUUGUUUUAUAAGUUAGAUUUAGUUUUAUAAGUUACAGUAAAAAAUCUAUAAAUUAAUAAUUUUGGGAUUUUGAUAUUUUAUUAAUUUAUAGAGUUAUUAAUUUACAAAAAAAAAUUCAUUUUUUGGAUUUUUAUAUUUUAAGAUAUAUAUUUUCUUAAAGUAAGAAAAUAUUAGAUUUUAGUAUAUAUACAUUAAUUAACUUAUAGAAAUUUAUAAUUUAUAUUAGUUUAAUUAUAUUAUUUGGUGUGUAUAAACUAUGUUUCAUAGAAUAUAAAUGUUGUUUUAGAUAUAAUUUACUAAAUCUCAUCAAAAUAUACUAAAUGUUAAGAAAAUAUAAAGAUAAUUUGAUUAUGAAUAUAAAAAAAAAUAUAAUGGUUGGUUUGUACUUAUAUAAAAUAUUUAUACAUAUAAAUUAUUAAUUUAUAAUUUUAAUGAGACCAUUACAUUGGAUUUUCUAAAAAGUUAUUAUUUUAUUAUUUUAUUUAUUUGUGUUAUAUUUUGAGCCGGUCUAAUUUGAGACUAGAAAAAUUUAUUAAUUUAUGGUAUUUAUUAGUUUAUAGAAUAUUGAUUAUAGAGUUUCUAAUGUAUAAUAUUUUCAUUAAUUACUAAUGUCAUUUUAUGUAAUAUUACAUGACUAAAUGUAAGAUCCAAUGCAAUUUUUCUGUUUUAAUAAGAUCGAUAGAUGUCUUAAUAAGAUAGAUUAAUGUACUUAAAUGAAUAUCUAAAUAUCUAAUCCAUAUCUAUAUAUUAGUAUUUACUUGAUAUCUAAAGAUUUACUGUCAGAUUUUGAUCAUAAUUUUUAUUAUCUUUAUCAAUAAUUAUUCAAUUUUGAUCACAAAUAUAGAAUAAAAUACACUCUAUUUUUUCAUAUUUCAUUCCUUUUAUUCCAUUUUUAGUACCGGUUACAGCCUUAAAGAUCCCUACAUGCUUUAAUUUAAGACUGAUCAAUCACGAUAACCAGCAAUUCAAUGAAAUAGUACGAUACAUAUAAAAAUGUCAUACCGCACAACUAUAUCAACGCAUCCCUAGUUCUCAAAAUAUUAAAUAACUUUUGAAUAGAUAUUUUAAGAUGAGUGGAUACAAUUACAUGUUCGGUGAAGCUGAUGAAAUCACCAGGAGAAUCGAGGGAAAUCGCAGACGACAUGAUAGAAACGAUGAUACUCCACCGCUCGUAUCACCGGAGCAUUGGUCUGACAACAUUUAUCCUACGAUGAAUCAUUAUCAGCCUCAGGGCCAAGCUACCAUGUCUGUAACCUUUAAUUCCAUUCCAGGGGAACAUCAUCAGUUUCAACAUCAACCUACCAUCCGAAGACAAUUCUGCUGGAGAUGUUUUAUGUCGUUGAUAAUAUCGUGGUUGAUGAGUUUUUUUGUACCAACAAAUAGGCCGAGACCAAUACGCAGGCCUUUGCCCUCUAACACCCCUCCUCCUUCAACCUCAGGUUUAUCAUCUUCUGCAGAACGCUCAAGGGAUCGACCUAGCCAACAUUCACGCGAUGAAAUGUUCAUCCUUCCUACGUCACAGGAAAUAAUCCAACGGAGUGUAGUGCCUGAAAGAAUUUCAAGUGGUAUAGGAUUAACAGAGAGACAAAUUUCUCAAUUACCUACCAUCAAGUUUCAACCUUCUAUAGAAGAUAAAAAGUGUCUGAUAUGCCAGUCAGAUUAUGUUCGUGGAGAGAAAAUGAUAAUUUUACCCUGUACUCACAAGUACCAUGAAGAUUGCAUUCGUCCCUGGCUCAAAAGCAGUAAGGCUAGUAUCGACUUUUCUGUCCUUUUCUUGGAUUACUUGCAUCAAGAUUUACUAUCAGCUCUGAUGCAGUUAUCCCUUUUUCUUUUAUCUCUCACUUGUGCAGGUUUGCUGCGUUUGCCAAAGGCAAGUGGUUCUAUCAAGCUAGCUUCGAUCAACAAAAGAACCAGCAAAUUUGACAUUAAUCUAUUUUUUCUCUUUGUAUAUCUUUCUUUUUAUAAAAUUUUCAACUCAAUUUUAAAGAAAUAUUUAGAAGUUUGUCAUGUGAAAGGAAGAGUAUUGCAGUAAAUCGUAGUUACCUUUUUACAAAAUAUCCUAAUAUACUCAGAUACCCUUUUGGGAAUCAUUUAAUAAAUCAUUAUUUAAAAAAAUAAAUUGAAUCCAAAAAAAAAAAAAUCCCGAUAUAUCCCAUGAAAAGCAUGCAUUAUUGGGCCCGGGCCUGUUUUGAAAUGGUUGCUGGGUCAGUACUCAGUAAUAAGUAUCUUUGUCCGUAAGCUGUUGUUCUGAAUCUGACAAUGAAACUCAUGUGGUCACCAGAAAGUGACUCUUAUUCCAGUGCUUGGUUAAUAACAGCUUAACACUACAGUUGGUUUGGAUACUGGAACUUGCCAUCUGUUGCUGCAGAGUUUGUUUUUAUUUUCACAAAAAUAAGUGAUAGCAUUAGUAGUAAAAUUAUUGGU